CUCGGCCCCAACAUGACAUAAUUCCCUUCUCCACAACGCGAUGCGUCCUUUGCGGCCAGGGACAGCAUGUGGAAACCGUCAGUCCGUAUCCCUAGAGCUAGCCAGAGGCCUCCAACUGCCUCCAUCGCCUGCGUCGCCUGCAUCCACGCGUCGAGGCCCUCAUCCGCGAACCACUUCCCCUCAUCCGUAGGGCAAUCCGCCCGCCAGCGUCGCUACUUCCACGAGUACUUCAUCACCCAUCUCCCCUCCACCUCGCUGCAUCCAGACUCGGGACCGCAAAAUGGAGCGCAUCACAGGCUGCCGCGCGAUCAGAGCACGCCCUACACGCUGCAAGGAUCGAGCAGGUCGCCCGCGGCAGUCGUGGGCGCGUCGCGUGAGAUGACCGUGGUGCGGAUACCAUUGAAGAGGGCGAAGCACCACUUUGGAGUCAUGCUGUCACGAGGAACCCGGCCCUACAACGAGGACGCCUUCCAAGCAGGCACCAUUGAAGUCCCCGCCUUCGCUAAGCGGCGUCCCACGUCCUUGACGAGGAACAGCAAAGGCGAGUUUGCGAACGCGGUCACGCCGGCGGAUAGUGCCAGCGGAGACCCCCAGGUCUUCUAUUUUGGCGUCUUCGAUGGACAUGGAGGCGCCGAGUGCUCAGGCUUCCUGAGAGAGGAGCUGCACAAGUACUUGGAGGAUGCAUCCCAGCUGUUUGAACUGGAGAGCAGCCUGCCAAAGCAAACGCCCAACCGGCCGACCAGCAUGGACGAUCCCAACGACGCCUCCAGCAAAAUUCGCAGGCAGAAAGACAAGGACAGCCUGAACGCUAUCGAGACGCAUACCCCGCCUGGCGUAGAACCAUUGAAACCGCCAAAAUCAGGGAGCGAAGAACAACUCCCGCCUGGAGGUUCCAAGACUGCUGGAAAGCCGGUAGACAGCGACCCACAUAUCAAGCAAUCACAGAGCAUACAAAAGGCGGUAGAUCUGGAGCGGCAAGUGGUCAGGGAUUGGAAGGAGCUGGUAGGCGGGUACUUCAGGCGAUUCAAACCAGAGUACUUCUCCAAGUCGGCGGGUGGUCAGGGCCAUCCCACCGACGAAGGUGUCACAGGCGAUGAAUCUGCCUCCGACGAUGCGACAACAGGUAUCGGCAUCGAGACAGUCCUCCAAUACGCCUUCCUCAAAGCAGACUACGACUUUGUUGCCGCUCAGGUUGGCAAGCAGGAGGAAGACGCCGUCCGCGCAGACAAAGCUCUCAACGAUGAUGACAUCCUAGGACACCCUUCACGCACAACCCACCAAAUCGGUGGUCCAAAGCGCUUCCUGGGUGGAAGCACGUGCAGCAUUGCCCUCAUCUCUACACCAACGCCUUCGCCAUACUGGCAUCCUUCCUCCCCAUCCUCCCUCAUCACCGCGCACGUCGGUGACACUCGCAUCCUCCUCUGCGAUACCGCUACCGGACUUGCCGUACCCCUGACAUCCAAUCACCACCCAUCUCUACCUGAAGAGGCUACUCGUCUUCGUCGCUACGCCGGCGCCUUCGUGACCGACUCGUUUGGCGAGGAACGUAUCUCUGGCCUCGCCAACACACGCGCAUUUGGCGACAUGGCAUCAAAGCGUGUCGGCGUCUCUGCCGAGCCCGAGGUCCGUCGCAUUGAGCUCUCGCCUGCCGAGUACUCGUUCGUGGUUCUCUGUUCCGACGGCGUGUCCGGUCAUCUCUCAGACCAGGAGAUUGUCGAUGUCGUGAAAGAAGCCAGGACGCCAGAACAGGGUGCAAGAGACCUCGUCAGCUUUGCGGUAGAGACAUCGACCGGGAGCGAGGGCGCAGACAACGCAACGGGACUGGUCGUGAGACUGGGCGGAUGGGAGAGGAGGGGCGAGGGAGGGCUGGGAUCCAUGGGCACGAAGGAGAUGCGGGACUGGAGGAAGCAGGAGGCCGAAGACCCGAGGGCGGGGAGGAGGUUUACAUGACAAGAGCGAUCUGCGUACUUGGCGUUUGGUGCAGUUUGGGGUGCGGUUGGAUUGCUAGCAUCUGUACAUACUACCUACGAUCAUCACCAUGUUCUUUUUCUCCACUGCUUCCACCUUGAGCUCGACGUGGCAGCCUAGCGGCCCGUCUGCCAGACACGUUGUCCAAUGGCUGAGCGGUGAUUGACCGUGCAGCAGGCGGCCGCUUGCGAUCCACGACGGCCUGGAGAUGAGAUGUCUCGAUCUGAGGCCGUGUAAUAGGCAGGCCAACAGAAUCGUGACAUGUACCUGGCGCAGGGCUGCGCUGCGUGGGGGCGAUCUGGGGUGGAAAGCACGUCCCAAGCGAGC